AAAAAAAAUCCAAAACAAACAAACAAACAAACAAGACACAGCCAGCCUCUACUUCAAACCAGCCGGCACAAGCCACCCGUGUCUGCCAUCCAGAGAGGGGGGUCUCUGGCCCGUGGUGGAGGAGUUGCAGGGGGGAUCGUCAGGGGGACAGAGGCCGAGAGACGCCCUAGGAGCCACCGGGCAGGAGGCGGAGGAGACCCAGAGAGGCGAGCGAGACCGCGGGCCCCCGCGCGCGGCUCGGGCUGGGGCGCCAGAAGUAGGACUGGAGCGGAGUAGAGCGAUGCCAAGGAGGAAACAGCAGGCACCCAAGCGGGCGGCAGGCUACGCCCAGGAGGAACAGCUGAAGGAAGAGGAGGAGAUAAAAGAAGAAGAGGAGGAGGAGGAAGACAGUGGUUCAGUCGUUCAACUUCAGAGCAGCAAUGACCCAGGGACAGAUGAGGAGCUAGAAACGGGCCCGGAGCAGAAAGGCUGUUUCAGCUACCAGAACUCGCCAGGAAGCCACCUGUCCAAUCAGGACGCUGAGAAUGAGUCCCUGCUGAGCGACGCCAGUGAUCCCGUGUCAGAUGUCAAGAGCGUGUGCGGUCGAGAUGCUUCGGACAAGAAAGCGAGCGCUCACCCCAAGCUUCCGAAGGAAGCCCACAAUUGCAUGGAUAAAAUGACAGCCGUCUACGCCAACAUCUUGUCUGAUUCCUACUGGUCGGGCCUGGGUCUGGGCUUCAAGCUGUCCAACAGUGAGAGACGAAAUUGUGACACCAGAAAUGGCAGCAACAGGACUGAUUUCGAUUGGCACCAAGACGCCCUGUCCAAAAGCCUGCAGCAGAACCUGCCUUCUAGAUCCGUGUCGAAGCCCAGCCUGUUCAGCUCGGUCCAGCUGUACCGCCAGAGCAGUAAGAUGUGCGGGACCGUCUUCACCGGGGCCAGUAGGUUCCGGUGCCGGCAGUGCAGUGCCGCCUACGACACCUUGGUCGAGUUGACUGUGCACAUGAAUGAAACAGGCCACUAUCAAGAUGACAACCGCAAAAAAGACAAGCUUAGACCCACGAGCUAUUCAAAGCCCCGCAAAAGGGCCUUCCAAGAUAUGGACAAGGAGGAUGCUCAGAAGGUUCUGAAAUGUAUGUUUUGUGGCGACUCCUUCGAUUCCCUCCAAGAUUUGAGCGUCCACAUGAUAAAGACGAAACAUUACCAAAAAGUGCCUUUGAAGGAGCCAGUACCCACCAUUUCAUCAAAAAUGGCCACUCCGGCGAAGAAACGCGUCUUUGAUGUCAAUCGGCCAUGUUCCCCCGACUCAACCACAGGAUCGUUUGCAGAGUCGUUUUCUUCUCAGAAGAGCGCCAGCUUGCACUUGACCCCCAACAACCGUUACGGCUACCAGAAUGGCGCCAGCUACACCUGGCAGUUCGAGGCCUGCAAGUCCCAGAUCUUAAAGUGUAUGGAGUGUGGGAGCUCCCAUGACACCUUGCAGCAGCUCACCACCCACAUGAUGGUCACGGGGCACUUUCUCAAGGUCACCAGCUCUGCCUCCAAGAAAGGGAAGCAGCUGGUGUUAGACCCACUAGCCGUGGAGAAAAUGCAGUCGCUAUCGGACACCCCAAACAGCGAUUCUCUGGCUCCCAAGCCAUCAAGUAACUCGGCUUCCGACUGUACAGCCUCUACAACUGACUUAAAGAAAGAGAGUAAAAAAGAAAAACCAGAGGAGACCAACAAGGAUGAGAAAGUCGUAAAAAGUGAGGACUAUGAAGACCCUCUCCAAAAACCUUUAGACCCUACAAUCAAAUAUCAGUAUCUAAGGGAGGAAGACUUGGAAGAUGGCUCAAAGGGUGGAGGGGACAUUUUGAAAUCAUUGGAAAAUACCGUCACCACAGCCAUCAACAAGGCCCAGAACGGGGCCCCCAGCUGGAGCGCGUACCCCAGCAUCCAUGCAGCCUACCAGCUGUCAGAAGGUGCCAAGCCUUCCCUGCCUCUGGGGUCCCAGGUACUACAGAUCCGACCUAACCUGGCCAACAAGUUAAGGCCAAUUGCACCAAAGUGGAAGGUGAUGCCGCUGGUACCUGUGCCCACACACCUGGCCUCAUACACUCAAGUUAAGAAGGAGCCAGAAGACAAAGAUGAAGCCGUGAAGGACUGUGGCAAAGAAAGUCCCCACGAAGAGGCGUCGUCUUUCAGCCACAGUGAGGGGGAGUCUUUCUCUAACAGUGAACCCCCUUCAGAAUCCAAAAAGGCUGAGCCUUGUCCCCCGAAGGAGGAGGACAAGCUGAUGAAAGAGGGUGGCAGCGAGAAAGAGAAACCCCAGCCCUUGGAGCCAGCGUCUUCUCUCAGCAACGGCUGUGCACUGGCCGGCCACACCGCGGCCCUGCCGUGCAUCAACCCGCUCAGCGCCCUGCAGUCCGUCUUGAACAACCACCUGGGCAAAGCCACGGAACCCCUGCGCUCACCUUCCUGCUCCAGCCCGAGCUCAAGCACAAUCUCUAUGUUCCACAAGUCGAAUCUCAAUGUCAUGGACAAGCCGGUGUUGAGUCCUGCCGCGACCAGGCCGGCCAGUGUUUCCAGGCGCUACCUGUUUGAGAACAACGAUCAGCCCAUCGACCUGACCAAGUCCAAAAGCAAGAAAGCUGAGUCCUCGCAAGCACAGUCCUGUACAUCCCCACCUCAGAAGCACGCUCUGUCUGAUAUCGCAGACAUGGUCAAAGUCCUCCCCAAAGCCACCACCCCAAAGCCGGCCACUUCCUCCAGAGUCCCUCCCAUGAAGCUGGAAAUGGACGUCAGGCGCUUCGAGGAUGUCUCCAGCGAAGUCUCAACGUUGCAUAAAAGGAAAGGCCGGCAGUCCAACUGGAACCCUCAGCAUCUUCUGAUCCUGCAGGCUCAGUUUGCCUCGAGCCUCUUCCAGACAUCCGAGGGCAAGUACCUGCUGUCCGACCUGGGCCCGCAAGAGCGAAUGCAGAUCUCAAAGUUUACGGGACUCUCGAUGACAACUAUCAGCCACUGGCUGGCCAACGUCAAGUACCAGCUUCGGAAAACGGGCGGGACCAAAUUCCUGAAAAACAUGGACAAGGGACACCCUGUCUUUUAUUGCAGUGACUGUGCCUCCCAGUUCCGAACCCCUUCCACCUACAUCAGCCACUUAGAAUCCCACCUAGGUUUCCAAAUGAAGGACAUGACCCGCCUGGCCGUGGAACAGCAAAGCAAGGUGGAACAAGAGAUCUCCCGGGUGUCGUCGGCUCAGAGGUCUCCGGAAACCAUAGCUGGCGAAGAGGACACAGACUCUAAAUUCAAGUGUAAGUUGUGCUGUCGGACAUUUGUGAGCAAACAUGCAGUAAAACUCCACCUAAGCAAAACGCACAGCAAGUCACCCGAACACCACUCUCAGUUUGUAACAGACGUGGAUGAAGAAUAGCUCUGCAGGACAAAUGCCUUAGUUUCAACUUUCCAGCCUGGAUGCCCCCUCACACUGAGUUUUUCUUCGUUGCACCACCCCGCUUCUGACAUUGAACUCCUCCUGACACCCCGCUCUGAGAAGACUGCCAAAAAAAAAAAAAAAAGGAAUCACCCCGGCCAUCUCUCUUCAUCCUCACUAACAAUUUGGUAAUGAAGUAUUGAUUUCCACUUCUCUGCUUAUGGACGAUAGAUUUUCAUUGAUAAACUGCAAUGGGGCUGUCUCGUCUCCACGGUCCCCUUUUCACUGUCACUAGAAAACAAAGUGCCACUGAAGAGAAAUAAUGACUGAGAACAUUGAUGUACUUAUUUUGUCAGUUUGUAACACUUGACAGGAAAGAGUGGGGGGAGUAUAAGUCUCCACAGUUUAAUGUCCAAGUGGGCUGCACUAGAUGUAGACUCUUGGAAGCUUACUUUUCAUGGUAAUGUCCAUUUCCUAUUUAUAACCCCUCUGGGAACGUUUGUCUAAAGGAAAUGUUUCUGUUCAGUGCAACAAUUACAGUUGCACCUGGAUUGCCCAGUCCUGCCCCUGCACUAGGGAGCCAUUCAUCACCGCAAAGUGGAAGAAUUAUUAAGUUAAACCAGAGUUUGAGCCAAGAAAACCUCUGAACAAUGUUCAUCUUCUGUGAAAGUUUUUCACAUAGUUAGGCUUAACCAUGUUGCUGCCAAAGACUUUUUCCCAUGCAGUGGUGGGCAUCUUUAUUAUCAUCGUGAGCUUAAUUGGUUUAAAAAAAAUAGUUUUAAGCAUGCACCACUGUCAUAUGAGACCUGCAAAUUGGGAGAAUCGGGGAAGUUGGUAAGACACAGAACCUGAGAGAAAGCAAGAGGAUGAGCUCAUUGCAGGGUGGAAAGUUCAGCAGCAGCCGUUUCUGGUAAUCUCUUUCUGCAGGACCCAUUGUUUAUAGGUUCUAAAACACAGCUUAGCUUUAGAGGCAACAGAAAGCAUGAAAUAGGGUGUCCAUUUUAAAUGUGUUUCUGCAACUUUUUUCAUUAAAACUUUGAGGGCCCAAUUUUAAUUUGUGGAAUAUUCCCGUUAAUAAUGAGAUCUAAUUAAGACAUCCAUUAAAAGCCCGUUAAAGUUAAUUUAACGUAAAAAUUCCAAUAGAACUGUAUUAGAUUUUCUCCAUUAAAUUAACGUUAUGGAUUUUUAACGGAUGUCUUAAUUAUACAUUAUUAUUAACAGGAAUACUGUAUUACACAGAUUAAAAUCAGGUCCUAAGUCAACUUGGAAAAGCUAAGAGCAUGUUUUAAUAUUAAAAGUCUUGCAUACCUAGUGCACACUUUGGAAAUGCAGGAAUAGAUCUGUUUACUCUAGUUGAGCAUUUUCUAUACAACUGAAAGCAAACCUAUAAUAGAUAAAUCCAUCAUUGCAUUUAAAUAAUGAAUUUCCUUAUUCUCAAAGGACAAAUAAGUCUGGAUUGUGUUGUAAACUGCUACUCAGCUAUAGGUGAAAUAGUUAAACUAUUCUAGGCACAACACUAGGAACUAGAUGACUUUGAAACAAAAGAAAUAUUUUUUGUUGUUGUUGCUUUAAUUACCAAGGUUAUCACACACAGAAAAAAAUCUCAAUACCAACAAAGUGAAGCCAAAUAUAUCCUCUUCACGGUUUCUCAUGGAGGCUGUCUGUUGAAAUUGUUUUUGGAAAUUUUGACAUGAUCCCUAAAUUCAACAUGGGGACUUAAAAAAAAAAAAACUUCUUAUUUACCUCCUAGGGAAAGUGUUGCCCUUAUGCCACAUAUAAUAGCAAAUUGCUUUUUUUAUGGCAUGCAUAACCUAGAUGGGAAAAAAUAUGGCGCUUCAGGGAAGGAGGGAAAAAGUAAAUGAAGUUCCAGGAAUGUCAUUCUGAAGUAAUGAGGCAUGGACAGAAAAUAUACCCCUCACAUCAUCGGAUUGAGAUGGCAGUCGAAAUAGCUUCAUUGAAGUGUCAGCACUCAUCCAUCAAUCAAUCACCCACAAGGAAAAAUAGCAACAGUACAACGGGGCGGCUUUUAUGGGAUUUACUCAUGGGCAUAGGGAAUAGCAGCUCAAAUGUAGUUCUGACAUGAAAAGCAAGGUGCUGAUAUUAUUUUUUAUGAUGGGAGGAUCAUAAAGUGAAUUGAGAACAGCGAGGUCUGUCUUUGCUUAACCUAUUCAACCAGAAAUGAAUGGAGCUCAACUGGAAAGGAACAGUCUUCGGAUGGGUUAAGAUUGAAGGGUGGACUCUACUGAGCACUGUCCUUCGACAACGAAAUUCUAUUAGAGGAAAAUCAAUGCAUUAGCAUUGGGGUUCUUGAAGCUGUUAAAAAUUGCCUGCUCCAACCCAGGGUUAUUAGAUAAAGUUUCACAAUUCAGACUCUGCCACAACCGCCCAAAAGCAGGUUCUUGAGCUAUUGUUUGAACUCGGGGGGUGGGGAACAAUACAGUUCUCAACUCCUUGGAAAUAGUUUCCCUUCUAAAAAAGAAAAAAAAAUAAAUCAUCUGCUUCAACUUAUAAUCUA